AUGGCUUCUGUGGGGUUGCCUGGAGAGAAAUCUCCACUUACUGUGAAAGUGGUGUCAGCAAAGCCCAAGGCACAGGGGCGCCAGGCUCGGAUCACCUGCUUCGUGGAGGUGACGGCGGAUGGGCUCACCAGCGAGACCAAGAAGACAGCAAAGCGGAUCGGGAGCUCAGAGCUGCUCUGGAACGAGAAUCUUGUGCUGAAUGUCACCUCACAAAGCCACCUUGACGUGAAACUCUGGAGCUACCACACCCUGCGGAACGAGUUGCUGGGCACAGCCUCCAUCAGUCUCCCCAGUGCACUGAAGCAGAGCAAAGGGAAAGCGGAAAACAAGCAGCUGACCUUGAACCUGCAGAUGGAGAACAAAGGCUGCCUUGUCUCUGGUGGGGAGCUGACCAUUUUCCUGGAUGGACCCAGUAUUGAUGUGGGAAGCUUGCCUAACGGCAACAUCGUGACGGAGGGGUCCCAGGCAGCUGGGAGAGACCCCUGUGGUCUGGCCUCGUCCCCAGAGAGCAGGCACCAGGCCCCCAGCACCAACUGCUUUGGCGGCAGGUCCAGGGCACACAGACAUGUGGCUGGAGUGGCCAGGCAGAGCACGGCCAACGGGGAGCAAAGCCCCAGUCCCAGAGCCCAGCAGCAGCCAGCAGGCAAGACCCAGAGUGGCACAGUGAAUGGCACAGUGAAUGGUGAACCUGCCAGUUCCACCCUCGAUGUCCCUGAAGAUGAACAGGCUGUGCCACCUGAGGCUGUGUCAGGUGCGACCUCCAGCUCUGGCACAGCUCAUGACUCUCCAAGGGCAGGGGAAUCUGCCCCCAGCUCAGAGGCCCAGCCUUCUCAGCCAGCAGCACAGACUCUGGAGGUGCUGCCCUCUGGGUGGGAGCAACGAGAGCUGCCAAAUGGGAGAGUGUAUUACGUGGACCACAACACAAAGACCACCACCUGGGAGCGCCCUCUUCCGCCAGGCUGGGAGAAACGAGUGGAUCCCCGUGGCAGGUACUACUAUGUGGACCACAACACUCGCACGACCACGUGGCAGCGCCCCACCGCUGAGUACGUGCGCAACUAUGAGCAGUGGCAGAGCCAGCGCAACCAGCUUCAAGGAGCCAUGCAGCAAUUCAGCCAAAGAUUUCUCUACCAGUCGUCGGGUGCCCCGUCUGACAAUGACCCGCUGGGCCCCCUUCCUCCUGGCUGGGAAAAAAGACAGGACAACAGGCGAAUCUACUACGUGAACCACAACACCCGCACCACACAAUGGGAGGACCCCCGCACCCAGGGGAUGAUCCAGGAGCCAGCGCUGCCACCUGGCUGGGAGAUGAAGUAUACAAACGAGCGGGUGCGUUACUUUGUGGACCACAACACCCGCACUACCACCUUCAAAGACCCCCGUCCCGGGUUUGAGUCAGGGAGUAAGCAAGGUGGGUCACCUGGAGCAUAUGACCGAAGCUUUCGCUGGAAGUUCCACCAGUUCCGCUUCCUUUGCCAUUCCAACGCGCUGCCCAGCCAUGUCAAGAUCAGUGUCUCUCGGCAAACACUCUUCGAAGAUUCCUUCCAGCAGAUCAUGAACAUGAAGCCUUAUGAUCUGCGGCGUCGACUGUACAUCAUCAUGCGUGGGGAGGAGGGCUUGGACUACGGCGGAAUUGCCCGUGAAUGGUUCUUCCUUCUGUCCCACGAGGUGCUCAACCCCAUGUACUGCUUGUUUGAAUACGCUGGCAAGAACAACUAUUGCCUGCAGAUCAACCCUGCCUCGUCCAUCAACCCCGACCACCUCACCUACUUCCGCUUCAUUGGCAGGUUCAUCGCCAUGGCUUUGUACCAUGGCAAGUUCAUUGACACGGGCUUCACACUGCCCUUCUACAAGCGCAUGCUGAACAAGCGGCCGACCCUCAAGGACCUGGAGUCUAUCGACCCCGAGUUCUACAACUCCAUCGUCUGGAUCAAAGAGAACAACCUAGAGGAGUGCGGCCUGGAACUCUACUUCAUUCAGGACAUGGAGAUUCUGGGCAAGGUGACCACCCACGAACUGAAGGAGGGUGGAGAGAGCAUCCGGGUCACUGAGGAGAACAAGGACGAGUACAUCAUGUUGCUGACAGAUUGGCGGUUCACCCGGGGUGUGGAGGAGCAGACCAAGGCCUUUCUGGAUGGCUUCAAUGAGGUGGCACCUCUGGAGUGGCUGCGGUACUUUGAUGAGAAGGAGCUAGAGCUGAUGCUGUGUGGCAUGCAAGAGAUUGACAUGAGUGACUGGCAGAAGAACACCAUCUAUCGGCACUACACCAAGAACAGCAAGCAGAUCCAGUGGUUCUGGCAGGUGGUCAAGGAGAUGGACAACGAGAAGAGAAUCCGGCUUCUGCAGUUUGUGACGGGGACUUGCCGGUUGCCAGUUGGAGGAUUUGCUGAGCUUAUUGGCAGCAACGGGCCCCAGAAGUUCUGCAUUGAUAAGGUUGGCAAGGAGACCUGGCUUCCCCGUAGCCACACAUGCUUCAACCGCCUGGACCUGCCUCCCUACAAGAGCUACGAGCAGCUGAAGGAGAAGCUCCUUUACGCCAUUGAGGAGACAGAGGGCUUUGGGCAAGAGUGACUCCAAAGAGACCCUCCUGGGAAGCCAUCCUGAAUACCUGGAAAUGGAGCCAAAUCUCCAGGAAGGAAGGAAGGUGGAAGGAGGUGGCUUUGUGGAAGAGGGAUUGCCCAGGCCUAGAUCUUGUGGUUGGAGAAUUAGAGGCUGCAGAAGGUGCUCCCCUUCUCUGCCCCCCCCCCAAAAUAUUCAGUUGCUUUCCAGCAGAGCAGUGGCUGCAAGUGGUAUCCACCUCCUUCCCUGUGGAUUCCUUGUACCAGUUUCUGAGCUAUGCAGCCAUUCUGCCCCACCUAUGGGCCUCAUGGGCUUUUGUCGUAGCUGCCUUUUAAAGCAAUCCAGACCCACCCCCCACUGGUACCAGCCCACCAGGACAUCCUGAACAUUAUGUCAAGGCAUUCUGCACAGGAAAAAAGAGCACUUUUGAGAAUUCCCCCCUUGCCAAGGACACUGGAGUGUGUUGCGAGCCCCUGCUCCAGAUAGCUGCUGGGGAUCGGUAGAGGCAGGAUUUCCUACAACUUUCCAAACCCACCUCCUCUUUCCUGAGGCCUUUUCCCACUCCCUGUGCUGAUAGGUGAGGCUUCUGUGCCCUGCAACCAUGCUGGUUUUCUGCUGAGAGCAGUGGGCAGGAUUUGGCCCACAUCCCAGGCUCCUCUCCUCCCCAAACCCAUGAAGCAGAAGACAGGGCAGGGCCCCAGGCAGUCCCCAGCUGUGUCAUGGAGCAGGAUCUGGGCUGUUCAAAGCAGCAAAUGGGUACCCCACUCAACCCCAAAGGCUAUAGACAAAGAGCCCUCAGGAAGAGAGAGGAUGGCCUUUGGCCAGAUUGCAGGGGAGGCCAAACCAGGCUUCAGCCAAGCAUGGAGAACCUGAGUCUCCUGAUCUGAGCUGUUCCAAGUCUUGUUGGAAGUGGGGCAUCUUCUUUUUCUGGAAACAUUGGUGCCCAGUGAGCUGCAAGAUUGUAGGGGGAAGCCUUCACCUUGAAUGUCUACAAAACAAGUUAUCCCAAGUGCAGAACUCUGAACUAUUUUGCACUAAAAGGCAGGAAGAAGGGGCAGGGGGCGAACCAGAAGAAUCCCCUGUCUUUAUUUCUGGAUGUUUUUUUUUAAAAAAAAUCCUCUGAUUGGAGUAUGUGUGGCUGGCACACCCUGAGAACAGGGACCAGAUGCAAGAGUGGGAGUGGCAUACGUCUGUGUGUGUGUCCUAUGUCUACAUGGCGGAUGGUGGGGAUGCCUCAAGCCUCCACAGCAAGGUGUAUGUCUGCAUAUGAGAGCUGGACUGUGUGUGCGCGCGUGUGUUCAUUUGUUUGUAAGUAAGUGUGUAUAUAAAAUGUGUAUAAAAAUGUGUAUAUAAAUGUCUGUGGAUACAAAGAAUUGCAAUAGCUUUUGAUGGGGAUCCUGGAUAGUUUUGUACUGCAUCAUCCUGCCUCAGUGACGCCAAUUUCUUGUGCAAUAAACAAUCCGCAGCUGCU